UUUCAAGAGUAGGGUGAGGAUGAUGAUGUUGUACAAACAAUAGAAGUUGGCGCCGAAUAAGAUAUUGCAUUUAGUAACAACUGGUCAUUUCUUCUAAACUGAAUAUUUGUUUAGAAGAGGCGGUAGGUUUAACGUUCGGUUCAAGUGCAUCGAAUUGCGCGUGUGCUGCGGUGACAGUGAACAGCUCGCGCCUCUGGAUUGGUGAAAGUCGAGAGACACCAAAGCGCGAGCUCCCUCCUCCAGUACGCGAAAGGUAAGGGAAAAUGUUGCAACUUCCUGUUGGAAAUUUGGAAAAAAUCAGAAAAUCAAGGAAACGAGUAAAAGAUGUUCUGUGUGAUGUUGGACUUGGGAAUUGCAAAGACUUGUUAAAUGAGCUCCAGAGCUUUGAUGUUGGAGAUGAAGCCUUUGAUAACACAGACUGGUUUGACUUCACUGAAGGAUACCAUGGGAAAAGGAGAAAAAAGUGGCACUACCGCACACGGGGUCUCUGCUGCACCUUGUGUAGGUUUUCGGCACGCUCCUGGAACAGCUACAGGACCCACAUGCUACGCUAUCAUGAAGAAGAGCAGGACAUUGGCGCACUGGCUGUUUGCUCUUGUUGCUCAUUUGUUGCCCAUCCCAAGGUCGUCAUUGAGCACUUCAAGACCUUCCAUCCUGAUUCAAUGAAGAGCCCAAGUGCUCCCAUCCCAUCCGCAGGGGCUGCGAACACAAAAGGUGUCCCGGUCAUGGUUGAAACCACUGUGACUGGAGACAGGUACUCAUGUCGAAGGUGUGGGUACCAGGAUUCAUUGAUUUACUGCAUUAAGAAACAUGUAUUUGUAAAUCACUACUCCAAUCUCUUAAAUCGCUAUUUUGGGCAGCGGACAGAUGCUGAGAUAAACAGCGCUAAUGGUGCCCGCACCUCCAAGUUUUACUGCAAGGUAUGCAAUGUGCCGGCUGAAAGCUCUGACCAUUUGAUCUACCACAUCUUGACCUCAGAGAAACACAAAGAAUUGGAGAUUCAUAUCAAAGCCUUGAUAUAUGAACACAGUAAAUUUGGCAAGAAGUACUUGCAGCAGAAGCUCCCAAGUCUCGCCCCCAAGGUCAUCCAGCAAAAUGUUUACAAUGUUCCGCUGGUCCAUGGGGCCAACACCUCGCAGCUUGGAGGCACGGUGGCUAGACCCCCUUUUUCAGGCACUGUGCUGCGGGGCACCCCAAGCAACACAACCACUGUGGUGUGCAGCCCAGCGACUGGUCAGGCCUUCCUCCCAGGACAGACUUCUACUGUAGUACGACUGGCCAAUGUAGAGGCCCAAAGCUUGAUAAGAACCGGUCAGGCAGUGACCACUCUGAAAAAUGCCCAACUCCCUAAGGGAAUUUCCGCGGGGGGUGUGGCUACUACCCUGGUUCGGGCACCGGUUGGCACAUUGCUGCCAACUGUUUCUCAAAAUGGACCAAAACCACUGCCGAUCACUUUGGGUGUCCCUACACAGACACAGCAGCCACGACAGGUCCUGCUGCCCCCGGGUGUUCAGGUCAAUGUCCAAGGUAAGCUGGCCCUGCGAGGCCCUGGACCACAGCCCCUCCUGGUGACACAGCGGCUCCCAGUAACUCAGUCCACCUCACGUGGCACUGUGCUCACCACCCAGUCACUUUUCAGCCAUCUGAUCCCCACUGGAAACAAAGUAAAUGGCCUUCCCACCUACACUCUUGCACCUGUCCAGGUCACAGUACCGGUCCAGUCCAACAGUGCCCAGGUGACUGGUAAAGGACCCGUGGCAGUAGUUCAAGGCAGUACUACAACCGUUACACCCCAACUAAACAAGCCACCAGCAGAGGCUGCUUCUAGCACCACUAUUGUUUCAAGUACCACUGGGUGCGCACUGACCCAGAAGUGGGUAUCCUGCCCUGUUUGUAAGGAGCUCUUCCCUGCUGAUGUACACAAAGUCCAUAUGGAGACAGCUCAUGGGCAGGUUCCAGUGACGAAAAAGGCCAGGGUGCAUGGACUAGCUGCUCGGGCUCCCUUUUUGAAAAAGGUGAACAGUAAAAUUUUAAGGUGUUUGACUUGUAACAUUUCUCUGUCAGGAAAGGGACUUUUUGAACACCUAUUGCAUGGUCUGAAGUGCUUGCAUUGCCCCAAAAUGUUCUAUUCGAUUAAGCAGCUCCUGGAGCACACGGCCAAGGAGCAUAGCACUUCACGGUUGGCUAAUCGGAAUUUCAUGAAACAGGAGUACCAUCUUCACAUUAAUGAUCAUGGCGACCUUCUGGUUCCACACUUUGACAUAAACACAACUGCUCCCAAAGAGCUGUUGGGAGACAAGGAAUUGAACCUUGCGCUGGUCACAGUCUCUCUUGACCUCAUCUAUGUGAAGUUGCUACCUGGUUCUGCUCAACCUGUGUGCCGCGCACCCAUUAAAACUGUCCGUGCUGAUUGCCCCUUCUGCCCUGAGAAGCCACAGACUGUGGAGGAUUAUGAACUCCACCUGAAGAUAAAACACCACAUUGUGCCCACCAUACAUGCAAUCUUGAAAUCCCCUGCUUUUAAGUGUGCAUACUGCUCUGGGGUAUAUACCGGGAAGACCACACCCCAGGCCAUUUCCACUCAUGUGCAGCGAUGUCGCUGUGCACCCAAGACUGCCAAGGAUGUGGAACGAUUGAUUAACCCUGACCCCAAAAGACAAGUAGUUGCUGUGAAUGGGGGGGUCUCGCAUCCUGCUGCUUCAAAAAUUGGGCUGCCUGCUUCUGAGGCAGAGGCCCAGAUUCAGAGCAGGCUUGAGGCAGCAAUGAAGGCAGCAUUGGAGGCUAACAAACAGGAGAGGGAUGCCAGAGCUGCCAAACGCAGCCAGUUGAGAUACUCGCAAGAAAGCACGGUACAAAGUGAGGGAACUCCCAUAACAUCAGACACCACUGGCAAGGAAAUGCUCCCCUUUGAUGAACGAAAUAAAUUUCUCACUGACUACUUUCACAAGAACCCCUAUCCGAACAAUACAGAGAUGGAAACAUUAUCAGCUCGCCUGUGGUUUACCAAGACCGAUUUGGCCGGUCACUUUGACGCUAGGCGCUCCAAAUGCAUGCAGGCAAUCCAAAAGCACAAGACUGUGGUUCUGCUGGGGUUCAACAUGACCGAGCUGAAGAAGGUGAAGCAUAACGUUCAGAUCCCUGUUAAAGAACCAGAAACGUCUGCUGAAACGCUCUGCGUGUAAUGUGUGUGAAGAGACUCCAUCACGUAGAAGUCAGUGUGCUUGGAUCAUGCCUUCCUGCCAUGCCAUAAGCACUCGAUUAGAUGUCAAUAAGUUUUACUGAGGAGAGACUAUAUUUGAUUUUAAAUUAUAUUUUGUAGAAUUUAAGGCAAUACUUCCUGGCCAAUAAAAUCUAUAACAUGAGCAUCUUAUUCAAUGCCCCAAGUAUGUAGACCAAUAGGAAUGCAUUUAGAAAUGGAAAUAUAUAUAUAUAUAUAUAUAUGUGUAUAUAUAUAUGUAUAUAUAUACUGUUGAAAAUGAACAUGUGUAAAUAUGAAUAUGCAUAAAUUGCGCUGGCUGUGGGCUUGAUUUCCUUUUCAUGUGGAACUUUAUAGGAAAUAAUGGCUCAUUACAAGAGACUGUUUAAAGAAUGAAGGGUCCCUGGCCAUCACACUUGGUUGGCUUAUUUUGUUAUUCAGUUAAAUUUUGUGUAUAUAUCCAGUUUUAUACAUGGAUUUGUGUUCUUUUUUGUGUUGUUUUCACAAAUGCAAACUACUUCAAUAUAUUUCAGAUUUGUACCUUUUAUUCUUUAUUUCAAGUGUCUGUUCAGUUUGAUUGUCCUUAAUGUUCUUGUUUUGUCAUUUUUAUUUCAAAUGAUACUGUAUUCUGAACUGAGACAUCAUUGAUAGUAUCGUUCAGUUUAUAUAGUAAAGAAAUUAAAAUUACUUUGAAAUAUGGACGGAUUUUCAGCCAUUAUGUAAACGCCCUGUGUAUACUAUUCACAGUAUACUGCAUAUGCGUAUUCUCUAA